AUGGUCAAUCCUGUUGUUCUCACUCUUUGUUUAGCUCUUCAAGCGCUGGCCCGUCCGCAAGGCCCUUGGCAAGGUCUCCCGCAGGUUCGCCCUCAAGGUCCAUGGAGCCAGUACAACCAACAUGGACAAUGGAACCAUCAUUACGUCCCAACAACGUCCUCGACAUCGGCAUACGCUCAAAUUUCAUCCUCUUCGAAGGCGCAAGCCCAGAAGAGCGAAAGCACUACGAGCUACCGCACUGGCUCUUUCACAACUUCUGGUUCCGCAUAUCCUUCCGGGACUGGAAUCUCCUUUGGGACAAGGACAGCCGUGGGAACGGGCUAUAUUCCUGGGACAAGCCUAGCCUCGGUCCAAUCAUCGCCUACUGCGGUGGUCACAUUCUCCAGUGAGACAUCUACAGCAUCCACUAUCAGUACCUUUGGCUUCACUGCGGCAUCCAAGCAGAUCUCGACGCCAGUCGGAGCAUCCGUCGCCACAACUGCGGCCUCGUCGAACAGCCCAACAAGUACCGAAUUCGUGAGAGGUGUCAACAUUGGAGGCUGGCUACUUGUUGAAAAGUUCAUGAAUGGUGAUGACCUAUUUACCGGAAACGGAGAAGACGCGGUCGAUCAGUGGACGUUAGAUCAAACCAGUGGAGCCGCCGCUGCUCUGCAGAAACACUGGGACACUUAUUUCACCGAGGCAGACGUUCAAACUCUUAAGGGUUACGGCAUCAACGCCCUCAGAAUCCCUAUUGGCUUUUGGGCUUAUGACAAUACUGGCACACCAUAUGUUUCUUACGGGAUUGGACAGGGGGCAGAUUCUUACCUCGAAAAGGCGAUAGGAUGGGCUCAAACUGCAGGCCUUAGGGUCUGGGUCGAUUGCCAUGGUAGCCCGGGCGGUCAGAACGGGUACGAUAAUUCUGGUCACAAAGGAGACGUCGAGUGGCAACAAGGCGACAACCUCGCCAAAUCGAUUGCGGUUUUAACUACCAUGGCCCUAAAAUAUGGCUCCAAAGAGUACAGUGACACUGUCAUGGGUAUAGAGCUUGUCAACGAACCGAUAUCGUGGGGUAAUAACACCCUCAGUACCACCCAAACAUGGGCUCAAGAGGCGUAUCAUGCUGUCAAAGCCAAUUCUACCAAUGAGAAUCUGAUGGUAGUCAUGCAUGACGCGUUUGCCCCUAACGGUCCAAGCGAUUGGACCACCAUUGCCAAGUCUCUAGGCCCAAGAGGAGUCUUUGGAAUCGACACACAUAUGUAUCAAACUCUUGUUGCUGCAGACAUCGCUCUUACACAAGCUGAGCACAUCACUACAGCGUGUCAACGAGGCAUGGCACUCAGUAGCGCAAAUGCAUUAGCUCCGGUCUACGUGGGCGAAUGGUCUUCCACGACGAAUGCCUGUAUCAAUCCCGACGGAACCAGUACAGCUGGCACUUGCAGUACUGAAGGAUGUGUAUGUGUGACUGACCCAAUGGAUACGUGGACGGAUGUAGUGGUGGAGGAAGUCAGGAAAUUCGUGGAAGCACAACUUGAAAGCUUCGAGGCUAGCACGAGUGGUUAUAUGCUCUGGAGCUGGGCAGUAAAUAUCAAAAAGCUGACCGCUUCGAUAGAUGAUGAUAUGGGGACGUGGUCCAUCAAAGACGGGAUUAAUAAGGGAAUUAUUCCAACCCCAUUAGAUGACCCAAGUCAACGCAAAUAUCCAGGACAGUGCAGCUCUUGA